AUGCCUCCUCUCAGCAAGCGAUCUCGAUCAGAGAUCCAAAACCUUCAACCUUUCACUCCAAUCGAUGAUCAUCAAUCCAAAAUGUCCCAAUACGAACUCUCUAGAGAAGAAAGAAUCCGCGAAAAUCGCGAGAGAAUGGGAAAAUUGGGCAUUUUCGAUAUUUCACUUUCCCUCAAGCUCAAAUCAACCCCAUCUUCACGAAGAACUCCGUAUAACCCUAAAUCGCCUGUUUCUCGUAACCCAUCUGGCCCCUCUCGCCGUUCUUCCAGGUUACAGAAUGUUGCUCCUAUUAGUUACUCAGAAGCGCCAUUGAAGGGAGAAGUGGGUGAGAAAAAAACUAGGGUUGUGAUAAGAGAAGGUUCUCAGCCUGAGGUUUAUACUGAAGAACAUGAGAAGCUUUUGGGUAAUACUGAGAGAACUUGGGAGCUUUUUGUGGAUGGUAUUGGAAAAGAUGGGAAAAGGAUCUAUGAUUCUGUUCAAGGCAAAACUUGCCAUCAGUGCAGGCAAAAAACUCUUGGUCUUCGGACACGCUGUUGCGAGUGCAACAUGGUCCAGGGGCAGUUUUGUGGAGAUUGCUUGUACAUGAGAUAUGGAGAACAUGUACUAGAAGCCUUGGCAGAUCCUACUUGGAAGUGCCCGGUUUGUCGUGGAAUUUGCAACUGCAGCUUAUGCCGCAAUGCUAAAGGAUGGGCACCUACUGGUUAUCUAUAUAGAAAGGUAGUGCAGUUGGGUUACAAAUCAGUUGCACACUACCUGAUUCACACCCGUCGUGCAGAAGCUGUUGAGAAAAACGAUGAAACUUCCAACCCAGUUUCAGAUACAGAUGUUAAGAAAAUUGACGAAGUUUCCAACACUAUUUCAGCUAAAAGGUCACUACCUUUCUCAGACGCAGACAACAAUGAGAAUAAGCUUGGACCAAUACAGUCUCCAACUGAAACUGAUGGCGACGAGGUUGCUGCAAAGAGAUCAUUGAUUUUCCCUGAUGAGCAAGUUCAGCUUGAAAAAGUUGGAGGUAGUUCGGAUACCGUGAAGCUAAUUGCUGAUCAGCUUGAAGAAAAAGUCGAGGGUAGUUCGGAUACCGUGAAGGUACUUGCUUCGUCCAGCAAACCUAGCCCAGACAGUGUUGCUGGAAGACUUAGGUCUAGGAUAAAGAAGCCAUGA